AUGAAACAGAAGCCGCGCGUUCACCUUGUCCGCUAUCUCCCUGCUCCCUCUGCCGCCCUUUCUUCCUCGCCUUCAUCACCGAAGACCAAUAAGAAACGCGAACAGAAAAUGGUUCAAAGGAUUUCCGAAAAUACCCCUAACUCCUACCGAUCAGUCGCUGACACUACAGCGCCAAUCGCGCGCCUAGAAUUGACAAAUUUCCUUGUCUUCACACUAGCGCCCAAGGUGAGCGAGGAACAGCUUUUCCACAGCCUCUGGCGCUCGGGUUUUUCGUCAGGAACAGCAACAGCAGCAGCAGUCGAAGUAACAGCUCCUGCUAUCCGAGGCAAUUUUACGGACCGCAGCGACUUUCUCCACCGCACUGCUUCUUAUACUCCCUUGUCCGAAAUGCCGUGUUGCAUGCCCCUUCGUGUGUGUGUGUGUGUGUCUGUUGGGGCUAAUUCCGGGCAUCUCGGUCGGGCUGGUGGUUUUUGCUUGCCGCAAAGUGUUUUCAUCUCGACCUCAUCGUUCCUCCUUCCACAAAGCGUGUGGCGGUACCCAAAGCCCUUUGCAUUGUGCUGUUCAAAGGCGGUCAUAAUUUCUGUUGCCGCCGCCGCUGCCGCCGCCACCGCCGCGGUUAAUCCCUGCCCGAGAUUUGUGGACCAGUCUCGGGAAAAUGGGUGUGUAGUUGAGUUUCCAGCGGCUGGUCCCGCCGAAGAGCCUUUCUUUCACCAAGACUGCAAAAAAACCAGCAGGCUGCAUGCCCCCCUCCUCUGCCUUCCCUGCGUGCACGCAUUAGGCCUCGUCGGCAGAGCGCUUUGUCGGCGACCUCGCCUUUCAUCCUCCCUUAUAAUGACGGGCCAUUUGAAGUCGCUUCGAGUGAAGUACCACCUCGGCGGCGGUGGCGGCGGAAUCCGUUUGUGUGUUUGGACCCAAAAGGCUCGAGAGAGCAUAAUCUCUGUGCAUGCGUGGGUGCGCGCGCGCGCAUGCCCCCUGCACUCCCUUAGCUCCGUCGGCUUGCAGAGAAAAAACGCGCGUGCGCGUACGCACUCUUGCGCAAGGGAAGGAGCUCAUUUCGAACCGGUUUACAUCACCCUUUAUUCUGAAGCCGACACCGGUUUUAUUAUACUGCUGGAAAAGGAGGAGGAGGAGGAGGACGUUGUCAUAAAUAGUUUCAAGAGUAAACGUGGCCGUUGCCUGCCACUGCCGUCCUUCGUGCACUGCACAAGCGACACGAGCGGCUCUUAUGUCGGUGUGCAUGUACGGCUUCUUUUCCUUGUGCGUCGUAGAGGCGCACGCGACAGCGGCAGUUGUAAAAGUUGCCUAAUCGUGGCGGUCCUUCGCUUUGUGUGUGUGUGUGUGAAUGCGCAGAUCAAAAGCAUGUUUGGGAAGAGAUGGCGGAUGCCUGUGCGCACGCACCCACGCGCCAAUCCAUCAGUCGGCGGCGGCGGCGGCGGCAGCAGCAGCUACGGCGACGACGAGGACGACGACGACGACUCCGUGCACGCGCACCACUUUUGA